UCUCUCGACCGGCUUCGCUUCGUUGUUCUCUUCCUUCUUUUUGGAUCCUUUUUAUUCAAUUUUUCUCGAUCUUUUCGUCAUAAAACUGGUGAAUGAUCUCUGCUGUGAAGGAAAGAAACUUUGACCGAUGGAUCUAAUUGAAAUAAAUUACAAUGACGAGGUAUUGGAUGGGCAAGAGUGUAGUGUGGUCAUUUCAUCUGAUCAUAUUCUUUCUUCGGAUUUGCCUGGUGUUGAUGAUAUCCAUGAAGAUGAAUCAGUAGUUCCUCGUGUCAGAGAUAUGUAUCAAGUUGUGAUUCCACCUUUGAUGACAGAAUCAGAAAGGCUUCAGUUAAUUCACACCCCAACGGAAAUGGAUAAGUUUCUUGGUGUCACUUUUUCUGUUGUACUAGGGUCAGCCACCCCAAUUUUGUCGUCAGAAUCUGUGGACAACCACUUUGAACAUGAACAGAAAAAAAUUCCAGGUGCUGAUACUCAUAGUAUGCCAUUGUCAAUGGCAAAUGCAGAUUAUAAAGACAUCUUAACUGCACCUGAUAAUGAUAAAGGGAUUGGAAUUUUGCCUGGCACACAAGCAACCCCUUGGACUGCUGCUGAAUCACAGAUUUUUCUCCUUGGUCUCUAUAUUUUUGGGAAAAAUCUCGCACUGAUAAGAAGGUUUGUCGGGACUAAAGACAUGGGAGAUGUAUUGUGCUUUUAUUAUGGAAAAUUUUAUAGGUCUGAUGGGCAUCGGAGAUGGUCAGAAUGUAGAAAGAUGAGAAGUAGGAGGUGCAUACAUGGAUCACGCAUAUUCACUGGUUGGAGACAACAAGAAUUGUUAUCACGCUUGCUGCCUGGAAUAUCUAAAGAUUUACAAGAUGCUCUGUUGGAGGCUGUUAAAGUCUUCAAUGAGGGAAACACUUCUUUGGAAGAAUUUGUCUUUCAAUUGAAGGCCUUGAUCGGUACAGAAGUUCUAGUUGGAGCUGUUGGAAUUGGUAAAGGAAAGUAUGACCUUACAGGCAUUGUACUGGAUCCAGUGAGAGCAAAUCAGGUUCUCUCUGUCCGUUCAGAUAUACCUAUUGGAAAGGCGUGCUCCUCUCUCGCUUCCGAAGAUAUUAUUAAGUUUCUGACCGGAAAUUUCAGAUUAAGCAAAGCGAGGUCCAACGAUCUCUUUUGGGAAGCUGUUUGGCCUCGUUUACUUGCAAGAGGGUGGCAUUCUGAACAACCCAAAGAUCUAGGUCCUUUUGGUUCCAGAAAUGCUUUAGUAUUUCUCAUCCCUGGUAUAAAGAAGUUCUCUAGGAGAAAGCUCGUCAAGGGCAAUCACUAUUUCGAUUCAAUUACUGAUAUAUUGAAUAAAGUAGCAUUGGAUCCAAAACUUCUUGAGUUCGAGGUUGAAGGAAGUGCCAGCGCCAAAGAGGAAAAUGGUUGGGUUGCGGAUGCACAAUUGGAGCAAAAUAAUCUGUCCUCUGAGAAUCAACGGCAUUGCUAUCUCCGCCCGAGAGUUUCUAACUGCAAUCCAGAAGAUACGAAAUUUACCGUUGUGGAUACAAGUUGGGAUCAUGGGGAUGCACCCAAGAAGAUGAGGGAACUGAGGAGCCUGCCCGCCGAUGCCCGAUGUGGCCUUGCUCCAUCUAAAUGCUCAGAAGAAACUUAUACAGAUAGUGAUAGCUUGUCGGAUGAGCAAGAUCGUGUUGAUAUAUCAUUGAAUAACAUAAAAGAAUGCAAUCCAGAGAUAUCUGUGAAUAAGAAGAUUACAUCAUUUAAUGGAACAUUUCGAGAUGAUGUAUCUGAUCAGCUGUCUGCUAGUUCCAAGCAAGCAAUGCCUUUAAAUGAGCAUGGUUCGAAUCAUCAGUUGCAUGAUUUGCUGAAUGAAAAACAACCUUUGAAGGAUACGAGGAACCAGUCGAGCUGGCAAAAUAACUAUUUAGCUCCCGUGGUAAAAAGGAGAAGAUUAAAUGCUUGCAAGAACACUGGAAAUAAACGUCCUUGUGCUUUUCCCGGGAGCUAUCGGGUAGCAAAAGAGGAGAUUAGUUACAAGUCAAAGCCACUUGAAGCAAAAGAAAACACAUUUGUAGGAAACUCUUUUUGCUCUUUUCCGAGAGCUGAUCAAUUGAAGAAAGAGGAGUCCGCUUGUGCACUAAAAUCGCCGAAGAGAAGUAAAGAUACAAGCAUAGAGACCAACUCAUCUGAAAGCAAGAAAUUAUGUCACUCUUUUGCCGAUGAUGGUGGCCAAAAUGCCAAGUGUGCUUUCAGUGACAACAAGACAAGUUUGCAUGACGAAAAACUUCUGCCCAACAACUUGAUCGACUUAAAUGUACCUUAUCUUUCACCAGAACUAAAGAGCAAUGAAGACUCGAACAAAGAGAAACUCGCCUUCCAAUCAGAACCAGAGCAGCAACUCAAGUCUUCCCAGUCAUCUGAAACAUCAGAUGGUAUUCUCACCCAACCGAUAUCUACCACAAACGGUCGUAGACAGAGCACCAGAAACCGGCCUUUGACGACAAAAGCACUCGAGGCUUUUGCUUGUGGAUUUCUCAGCACUAAGCGGAAGGUGCGAGGCACAAAGAACUUGCCAUCCCGGUCCUCCAGUCAGCCACAGAGCUCUACCGGAGAACCAUCAGCACCUUUUCCAGUUGAUUUUGGUUUCAUUCAUCCUCACACAAUCGUCUCAAACGUCGGUAUAAGUGACGAAUACGGGAUGUACACCAACCAUGCCAAGGGAAAAGAAGCUCAUGACUUGCUCGGUAUGCCGUAGAAGAAUUGCCGACAAUGUUAACUGGGAAAAAUUCGAGUUCAUAGCUAUUUCAAGCACCGAUGGCGAUCUUUUUCAUUGUACAUUGCCACCAACAAAGCAUGACAGGUAUCAUGUGAACGAAUUCUUUUCGAUUCGCAAGUCAUUAACCGAUAUCAUGCUGAAUUUGUUCGAUAGAAUUCCAUAUAUAUAUGGCCUCAUUGACAUUUUUCAUUGCAUGUUUAGCAAUUUGAACUUUGUAGAGAAUAUGAGUUAAUAACUAUAUAGAUUCGACA